GAUGUAGGAACCUUACAACAUGUUAAAACAAUACCGGCUUUAAAUUUCAGGAAAAACUUAUCAGCAUUUGCAUACUGUUGUGUCAGUUAUAACCGCUAGGUGGCAGCAAACAGCACAGAUCCAGGGAGGAGCAGCUCUCUAAUUGUUCCACGUUUUACUGCAGUUAGAGACUUUUUCUGUUUGAAUAUAAGAGUUUAAAGUUGUUCAAUAUAAAUUCACCUCCGAAUGAAGUGAAUUUAAAGUGAGAUCACUUUCUUCUGCUUCUCUACAUGUGAGUGAGAGCUGCAACAGGUGCGUUAUUGGCACGUAAAAAUGCCCAAAUGACGCAUCAACAUUUGUUAAUUGUCCACAGAGAAAUGCGUGUGUUUUCUUGUAACGUCUUUGUUGAGGAACGUGAAGUAAACGACACACACAAGGAACCCAAAACCUUCCCAUCCAAUCACAGCCCCGCUCCCCUCCUGCACGGGGCACGUUUCGCCUCGGAUGCCUCCUGCCCAGCGGAGAGGUGGUCUUUGUAUGACUGAGCUGAACAAGGGCUCCUGCUCCUGAGUCUGCAGAUCCAGCAGACAACAGGCGCUGCUGCAGCUGCCGGGACUCCACGGCUCCUGCUCCCACAGAGGAAACCAGAGAGGAAUCUCUUAACUUCACUUUCUUUGGCUGAUGUUGGAGACCUCUCGGAGCACUUUUCAGUCCAGUGUGGAAGCCUGAUGUCUCUGCCGUCGGCUCGAGAUUCACCCUGAACAAAACUACAAAACUCUGCCUGAGAAGAAAAGUUAGAAAUGGGCUCCAGGUUGCUGUGUCUGUCCCUCGCGCUGUCAGUGGCGCUCUGCGCCGCGCAGGACGCAGCCAGCGGCGCCGCGACGGAAGAAGACAUCCCGGAGGGUGCAUCCACCCUGGCGUUCGUUUUCGAUGUGACCGGCUCCAUGUACGACGACCUUGUCCAGGUCAUCGAGGGUGCGUCCAAGAUCCUGGAGACCUCGCUGAGCAGACCGCAGAGACCCCUGUACAACUUCGCCCUGGUGCCUUUCCACGACCCAGAGAUUGGACCGGUCACAAUCACAACAGACCCGAAGAAGUUCCAGUAUGAGCUGCGGGAGCUGUACGUUCAGGGAGGCGGGGACUGUCCGGAGAUGAGUAUCGGUGCCAUCAAGAUCGCUUUGGAGAUCUCCUUGCCGGGGUCCUACAUUUACGUCUUCACAGAUGCCCGUUCUAAAGAUUACAAACUGACGCAUGAAGUCCUGCAGCUCAUUCAGCAGAAACAGUCGCAGGUGGUGUUUGUGCUGACGGGGGACUGUGAUGAUAGGAGUCACAUUGGCUACAAGGCUUACGAGGAGAUCGCCUCCACCAGCUCUGGGCAGGUCUUCCAUCUGGACAAGAAACAAGUCAAUGAGAUCCUUAAAUGGGUGGAGGAGGCUGUACAGUCGUCUAAAGUCCACCUGUUGUCCACUGAUCACUUCAGUGGGGUCAGCAACACGUGGCAGAUGCCCUUUGACCCCAGCCUCAAGCAAAUCACAGUGGCCCUGAGUGGCCCCGCACCUGACAUCGAAAUAAAAAACCCAGAGGGGAAUGUUGUGGGGAAGAAUGACGGCCUGACAGAGCUCCUGCACAUUCCCAACUCGGCCAGAGUUGUCAGCAUCAAGGACCCGCAGCCGGGCACGUGGUCUAUCAAGGUCUCCAGCGAAGGAAGACACUCUGUCCGUAUCUCAGGUCUCAGCACUAUUGACUUCAGAGCCGGGUUUUCCAAAAAGCCCACCCUGGAUUUCAAAAAGACGUUGAGUCGGCCAGUUCAAGGUAUUCCCACCCACAUCCUGCUGAACACCACUGGACUGUCCCCUCCCGCUCGGGCGGACAGGCUGGAGCUCCUGUCAAUCACGGGUGAAGUCAUUAAAACAUUGCCGAUCCGCUUCUACCCUGAUCGCCAGCCGCAAGGCAUGUGGAACAUCACAGAGUUCGUUCCGCCAAACACAGCCUUCUUCCUGCGGGUGACUGGAUACGACCAGGAUGGUUACGUGUUCCAAAGAGUGUCCAGCGUUUCUUACUCCAGUAUCAUACCUGGUGCCCCUAAGGUGCUGAUGCCAGCUACAACCCAUGGCUACUACCUCCAGAGAGGGGCUGUUAGAUGCCAGGUAGAGAGUCUGAUCCCCUUCACCCUGCGCUUUAGUCGGGAUGGAAGACGACUCGGGACGGACCAACUCCUCAGUGAGUCUGGAAGUGCAUCUUGGGAGAUAGCCCAGGUUACUCUGAAGGACGAGGGUGACUAUGAGUGUAUUGCUAUCAGCAGUGCAGGGACGGGACGAGCUCGCACCUUCCUGGAUGUUUCAGAGCCGCCUCCGGCCAUCACCGUCGAGGGGAACGUCACCGCCAGCCCGGGCUCCCGCGCGGUCCUCACCUGCCAAGUGGCCAGCACCGUCAACUUCAACCUCACCUGGCUAAGAGGGGGUCACGAUGCCCGUCUGGACCCGCGGGUGCGAGUCCUGGGCAACCUCUCGCUGCAGGUGUCCGCUGUGACUCCGGAUAAUUCAGGCUGGUACGAGUGCGUCGCCAUCAACGAGGGAGGGGCGACUGCAGAGCGGGUCUACCUGAGCGUGCAAGAGGUGCCCAGGGUUUCAGUAAAGCCUCGGGAUCAAACCUUUACAACAGGAGAAGAAGUGAGGAUCAGGUGCUCGGCCAGCGGUUACCCCCCGCCCCGUCUGCUCUGGACACACAACGACAUGUUCAUCAUGGCCUCCAGCAGACACAGGUUGACUCCCGAUGGCACACUGGUUGUGAGAAACAUGGAGAAGAAGGAUGGAGGCGUGUACGGAUGUUUGGCGAGUAACCUGGCGGGGACGGACACAAUGACCUCCGACCUUACUUACAUCGAACCUCCUGUGGUGACUGUGGCGUUAAGUGAGAUUCUUAUUGGCAUCGGAGAAACCAUGGUUAUGGCCUGUUCAGCAUCUGGAGUCCCUCAGCCUGAGAUCCUAUGGUACAAAGGUGAUGUCCAACUGCAUUCAUCAUCCCUCUGGGACGUGGACACACUCGGUGGGACGCUGACCAUCAAGGAGACCCAGAUGGUCGAUGCUGGAGAUUACAGCUGCGUGGCCGUCAAUGCAGCCGGCACUUCUUCAGGCGAGAUCUCUCUGGAUGUUGGAGCUGCUCCCAAGUUCACCCGAGAGCCGUCAGAUGUGGCGGCAGACAUCGGCUCCAGCGUGACCCUGCUGUGCCACGUCCAAGGUUACCCCGAACCACAGGUCACCUGGCGCAGAGAGGACAGACUGCCCCUUUUCAACCUGUCCCGCACACAUGGCACCGUCACACAGAGCAGGGGAGGCCUACAUAUCACCAGCCUGUGGGUGGAGGAUGAGACGGUUUAUAUCUGUGAGGCCCAAAACCACUUUGGCAGGAUCCAGGCGGAGGCCAGUGUCACUGUGACUGGACUGGUCUUGCCUGUCAUCGCUUUGAGUCCGGCUGUGCUCAGUGUGAUCGAGGACCAGCAGCUGACUCUACCCUGUGUGCUACUGGCUGGCAACCCGCUACCUGAGAGGCAGUGGCUACACAACUACGGCCUGGUAACAUCAGACCAGUAUGUGACGGUGAGGAGGGACGGCAGUCUGCAUAUUGAGAGGAUCCGGCUGGACGAUGCCGGUGACUACACCUGCUUAGCAGAGAACGUCGUUGGAGCUGCCAACGAAACCACCACUGUCAACGUAUAUGUGAUUCCUACCAUUCAACAUGGGCCUCAAGUGUUCAGCACGAUUGAGGGGAAUCCCCUCUCACUGCCCUGCCGUGCCGGUGGAGUACCCAACCCAGAAAUCACCUGGGCCAAGGGUGGGAAGCUGCUGUACUUGGGUGGUCCUGCCUUCUCCCUGGAUUCUGACGGCAGCCUUCUCAUCGCUUCCCCUUCUGGAAAUGAGACCGGAGAAUUCAUCUGCGCAGCCACCAACGCAGCCGGCUCCGCCUCCAGGAAGGUCCAGCUCACUGUCUACGUCCGUCCAAGGACCAACGUCGAUGGUGCUGGAGUCUCAGCAGAGCCGAUGAAGAUGUCGGUGAUCGAGGGUGAAGAUGUUGUAUUGCCAUGUGAGGUCCACAGCGUCCCGCCUCCCACCAUCAGCUGGGCCAAGGAGAGGCAGCUCAUCUCUCCUUUCUCUCCCAGGCACACUCAGCUUCCCUCAGGUUCUAUGAAGAUCUUGGAGAGCAGGGUGUCAGACAGUGGACUGUAUGUGUGUGUUGCCUCCAACAUCGCUGGAAACCUCACACAAUCCGUUUCACUGAGUGUUUUGGUGCCCCCUAGCAUACAGGCCGGCCCGAGGGUCAUAAAGGUCCAGCUGGCUCACCCUGUGGAACUGCCCUGUGUGGUGCGAGGAGUUCCCGAGCCCACUCUGACCUGGACUAUGGGCGGUCAAGGUUAUCCAGUGUCCCACGAUGGCAGCCUGGCACUGAGACAUGUGGGACUGGAGGACGAAGGAACGUACACAUGCACAGCCACCAACGCCGCAGGCAGAGACCGAGCUCGAGUUCAGCUUCUUGUGCAAGUGCCCCCUGUGGUCGAGGUACUGGAGCCACCCUUCAAUAGUCCCCUGCAGGAGAGAGUGGCAAACCAGCGAAUCGCCUUCCCCUGUCCUGCAAAAGGUCUUCCCAAACCAGUGAUCCGCUGGUUGCGUAACGGCCAGGAACUGACUGGGAACGAGCCCGGCGUGUCCAUCCUGGAGGACGGCACUCUGCUGAUUAUAUCCUCUGUGUCCCCGCUGGACAACGGCGAGUAUGUCUGUGCUGCUGUCAACGAUGCUGGAUCCACCGAGAGGAAAUACCAGCUCAAAGUCAACGUGCCCCCGGAUUUUCUUGAAAACGAAACGCCAGGCAACAAGUCGGUGGUCCUGAACCAGCCGACCAGCUUGUUGUGUGACGUCAGAGGAAGUCCGACCCCUGUAGUCACCUGGUACAAGGAUGGGACUAUUGUGCGGGCUAGUAGCUCCAUCCAGCUUCUUGAUAUGGGGAAAACCCUGAGACUACUGAACGCAGCCACAGGGGACGCAGGCGGCUACAGCUGUAUAGCCAUCAAUAUCGCUGGCAGCAAAGAGAAAGACUUCUUCCUGGAUGUACUGGUCCCACCGACCAUUGCAGGUUCUCCUGGAGAUGUGUCAGCCAUUAUCAAACAGGAGAUCAGUCUUGAGUGCAAGGUGCAGGGAGUGCCCCUACCCACAAUCCAGUGGUACAAGGACAGGAAACUGGUGUUUCUUGGUGAUCCGAAUCUGGAGGUCACCAACAGAGGUCAGGUUCUGAGGAUAAAAAGUGCCCGUCUCGGGGACCAGGCCCGGUACCAGUGUAGUGUCAUGAAUACGGCCGGGAAACAGUCCAAGGACUUCAACCUCAGUGUCUAUGUGCCCCCCACCAUCAAAGGAGGUAACUCAACCACAGACGUCACUGCCCUGCUGGCCAUGGUGGUGACACUGGAGUGUGAAGCCCGCGGGGUGCCCCUCCCCGUCAUCACCUGGUACCGAAACGGAGAGGCCAUCAUGUCCAACCGCCAAACUCAGUAUGUCGAGCGAGGCCACUACCUGAAGAUCCCUCGAGCACAGGCGUCCGACGCUGGUCUAUACACCUGCAAGGUGACCAGUGUGGCUGGGAGUGCUGAGAAGGCCUAUGAGCUGGAUGUUUACUUGCCUCCUACCAUAGCAGGCGGAGGUGACGGGCCCACUGAGAAGACAGUAAUCCUGAGCAAGUCUCUGAUUCUGGACUGUGAGGCUGGGGGACACCCUCCGCCCUCUCUCACCUGGCUGAAGGAUGGAGUUCCUGUGCACGAUGGUGAAAGCGUCCGCCUGCUUGAGCAGGGGAAGAAAUUAGAAAUCCUCUCUGCCACAGUCUCCAAUUCGGGGCGCUACGUGUGCGUGGCCACGAGCAUCGCUGGGGAAAAGGAGGUCAAAUACGACGUCCGAGUUUUAGUUCCUCCCUUCCUAGACGGAGCUGAUGAUGUGACAGACAGCACGGUGAUACUCAACAGCCCUUUGGAGCUGGAGUGUGAAGCCACAGGAACGCCUCCACCCGUCAUCACGUGGUAUAAGGACGGGAAACCAGUCAGACAGAGGGACGGCCUGCGGGUGGCUACCAGCGGCCGGCGGCUGAUAGUGUCCCGAGCUCAGGUCUCUGACACCGCUCGUUUUCAGUGUGUGGCCACGAAUGCAGCAGGGGAACAUGAGCGGGACUUCAAUGUGGUCGUACACGUUCCUCCAUCCAUCCGCACUACUGGGCCUGCAGAACGUUCGGUGGUUCUCCACAAGCCCGUCAGUCUGGAGUGCAUCUCCAGUGGCAUCCCUCCUCCAAGCAUUACCUGGAUUAAAGAUGGACGACCUGUCGACACAACACAGGAGCACCUAAAGCUUGAGUCUGCAGGCAGGAUACUGAAGGUCACAGAGGCAAGACUGGAGGAUUCUGGGAGAUACACCUGCCUGGCCACCAAUGCAGCUGGUGAAGCCCAACAGCACAUUCGGCUCAGUGUUCAUGAGGCUCCCUCUAUCCCUUACUCUGGUGAGAUCAUCAACCAAACCAUCGUGUCAGGCUUCCCCACUGAGCUCGAGUGCAAGGCCACAGGCAGCCCAUUACCUGCUAUCACUUGGUACAAAGACGGUCGACCUCUGACCCCUGCCGCUGGGGUGACCAUGCUGAAGCGUGGUCAGCUGCUGGAGAUUGAACGGGCUCAGCUGUCUGAUGCUGGGACAUACAGAUGUGUAGCGGUCAACCUGGCUGGAGUUGCUGAGAUAUUGCACAACCUGCAGGUGUUUGUUCCUCCGGUGAUCUCUAGCCGGGGUGGUACAGUGACGGUAGUGGUGAAUGAAGCUGCCAGGCUGCAGUGUGAGGCCACUGGUGUUCCUGUGCCCAGCCUCACAUGGCUCAAAGAUGGCAGCCCCGUGGCAAGUGUAUCACAUGGCAUACAGGUGCUGUCUGGUGGCAGAGUCCUGUCACUGAGCAGUGCCCAGGUCAGUGAUACAGGCAGAUACACAUGUGUGGCCGUCAAUGCUGGAGGAGAACAAAGCAGAGAGUACGAAUUACGUGUUUAUGUGCCACCGAACAUCAAGGGCGAGGAGGUGAAUGCCACGGUGAUGCUCGGGCGUCCGGUGGAGCUGCAGUGCCAGAGCGACGCCAUCCCACCACCGACUCUCUCCUGGCGCAAGGAUGGCCGCCCGCUGUUCAGGAAACCUGGACUGACGGUUUUGUCGGAUGGAAGUUUGCUCAAGGUGGAUAGUGCCCAGGUGCAGGAUUCAGGCAGGUAUACCUGUGAAGCCACCAAUGUUGCUGGAAAGACAGAGAAGAACUAUAACCUUAAUGUUUGGGUUUCUCCCAGUAUCCGCGGCUCAGAGGAGGUGUCACAUCUCACUGUGGUUGAAGGAAGUCUCAUCACUCUGGUGUGUGAGUCCAGCGGCAUCCCACCUCCGAGUCUCACCUGGAGGAAAGAUGGUUCUGAGCUCAAGUCAGAUCAGCGGCUCAGAGUUUUGUCUGGAGGUCGUCAGCUGUACAUCUCCAGUGCUGAGAGGACGGAUGCAGCCUCCUACACCUGCACGGCCUCCAGUGCAGCCGGCACCACGUCCAAGGAGUACAGUCUGCAGGUUUAUGUCCGCCCAGCCAUCACACCCAGUGACAGCGAUGAUGUCACUGUGACAAAGGGAGGGGAUGUGACUUUGCAAUGUGCCGCGGAGGGCGUGCCACGACCAGCAGUCACGUGGCUGAAAGACGGGCGGCCUAUCACAGGCCAGCAUGGGGCAAAGGUCCUGAAUGAAGGACGGCUGCUGCAGAUCAAAGACGCUAAGGUGUCGGACACGGGACGCUACACCUGCAUAGCUGUGAAUGUGGCAGGGCAGGCUGACAGCAAGUAUGACAUCAGUGUUCAUGUCCCACCAAGUAUAAUCGGUCAGGUGCAGUUCCCAGAGAAUGUGACAGUCGUUGUGAAGAACCCAGUUGCUCUGAGCUGCGAGGCCGCUGGGAUCCCUCUCCCUGCCAUUACCUGGCUAAAGGAUGGUCGGCCGAUCAAAGCUACCAGCUCAGUGCGCAUACUUUCAGGAGGACGAAGCCUGCGUCUCAUGCAUGCUGCAGUGGAGGAUGCUGGGAGAUACACCUGCAUCGUGUCCAACAGUGCCGGGGAGGAGAGGAAGAACUUUGACAUAGACAUACUUGUUCCGCCGAGCAUCGUGAAUGAGGGAAGUGUGGUGGAUACAAAAGUCAAGGAGAAGCACAACAUCACUCUCACCUGUGAGGCAUCAGGUAAUCCUGUACCAGAGAUCAAAUGGCUGAAGGACGGACAGACUCUGGUGCCUGACGGACGCCACCAAGUUUCAUCUCACGGCCGAUUCCUCCAAAUCUCCGGGGCCCAAGUUUCAGACACCGGGAGGUACAGCUGCCUGGCAUCGAACAGCGCAGGAGAUCGAAGCCGGCAUUUCCACCUCAAUGUCCUGGUUUCACCCACCAUUGCCGGGUUGCGUCCGGAUGGUUCCACGGAGGAGGUGACGGUGACUUUGAGCAGCCCCACCUCCCUCGUGUGUGAAGUCCAGUCCUACCCAGCCGCUCUCAUCACCUGGCUCAAAGACGGCACGCUGUUCGAGUCCAGUCGCAACGUUCGAGUGCUUCCAGGUGGGCGAACUCUGCAGAUUCUUAAUGCUAAAGAAGAGGAUGCUGGGAGAUACACCUGUGUGGCCACUAAUGAGGCUGGAGAGACGCUGAAGCACUAUGAGGUCAAAGUCUAUGUUCCCCCACAGAUCAACAAAAAUGAUAUCCCAGGGGAAGGACUGACCCCUAAAGAGGUCAAGAUAAAGGUCAACAGCACGUUGACCCUGGAGUGUGCAGCUGAGGCCUUCCCUGCGCCAGCACUGCAGUGGUACAAAGACGGACAGAUCUUGCGGCCGGACCAGCAUGUGUCCAUUACAGCCAACGGUCGUAUUGUUCAGAUCAAACACGCUCAGGUGUCGGACACCGGGCGCUACACCUGCGUGGCCACUAACAUCGCUGGAGAAGAUGAGAAGGACUUUGAUGUAAAUAUACAAGUUCCACCCAAUUUCAACCGGCCCAGUGGAGUCGGUGACUCCACGUCUCCCCUGGGCUUUGGAGGGGAUGUUCGGGAUGUGAUACUCAACAAUCCCAUGUCUCUGUACUGUGAGACCAAUGCCGUCCCUCCUCCCACUCUGACCUGGUACAAAGAUGGACACCUGUUGACCUCGGGUGAGAAAGUUCUGAUCCUGCCAGGCGGCCGAGUGUUACAGAUUCCCAGGGCCCAGGCGGAAGAUACAGGCAGAUACACGUGUGUGGCUGUGAACGAAGCAGGAGAAGAUUCCAUUCAGUACGAUGUUAGAGUAUUAUUGCCUCCGUCCAUACGUGGAGCAGACAGCGACUUGCCCGAUGAGGUCACAGUCCUGGUCAACAAAACCACCCAACUGGAGUGUUACGUGGAUGGAAACCCCGCCCCCAAGAUCACCUGGCUUAAGGACAACCAGCCAAUCAGCUCUGAUAGUUCCCACAGGAUCUUAUCCAAUGGGAGAACACUUCAGGUGUUUGCUGUUCAGGUAUCAGACACAGGACGAUACGUGUGUGUGGCUGAUAAUGUGGCUGGAAGUGCAGAAAAGUCCUUUAACCUCAAUGUUCAUGUGCCUCCCACCAUUAUCGGCCUGAGUCCUGAGAACGUAACUGUGGUGGUGAACAACUUUGUGUCUCUCUCUUGUGAAGCUACUGGUUUCCCACCUCCCACACUGAGCUGGAUGAAUGAUAGGGGCCCCAUUCAAGGCAACACCAAUGCACUCAUCAUGCCAGGUGGUCGUACGCUGCAGAUUCUGAAAGCAAAAGUAUCUGAUGCAGGAAAGUACAGCUGUGUGGCCAUGAACGCAGCAGGAGAGGCUUACAAGACCAUCUAUCUCACUGUGUUCGUUCCUCCCAGUAUCCGCGACAGCAAUGGGGACUCUCCUGUGGUGGUGAACGUGCUUGUGGGGAAAUCUGUCACCCUGGAGUGCGAGUCCAACGCCGUGCCUCCUCCCACCAUCACCUGGUACAAGAACGGCAGGGCGGUGACGGAGUCGGCCAACCUGCGCAUCCUGGCCGAGGGGCAGAUGCUGCAGAUCAAAGGCUCAGAGGUGUCUGAUACUGGACAAUAUGUGUGCAAGGCCACCAAUGUUGCUGGUCAGGUGGACAAGAACUUCCACUUGAAUAUUUAUGUACCUCCCAGUAUCGACGGCCCGGCGGAGGAGAAUGUGUUGGAAACCAUCAGCAACCCAGUCACGUUCACCUGUGAUGCUACUGGUAUCCCUCCUCCCAGCCUCACCUGGAUGAAGAAUGGACGACCCAUAGAGAAUUCAGAGUCACUGGAGAUGCACAUCUUCUCCGGGGGCAGCAAGCUUCAGAUUGCCCGGUCCCAGCUCUCUGACGGUGGCACAUACACGUGUUUGGCCUCUAACGUGGAGGGUAACGCACGCAAGAGCUACCAUCUCACUGUACUAGUCCCUCCCAGCAUCUCUGGAUCAGAGCUGCCCAGCGAGAUGGGAGUUCUGCUCAAUGAAAGCAUCCAGCUGGUCUGUCGAGUUCAGGGAACCCCCCCGCCGACCAUCCAGUGGUUGAAGGAUGGAGAAGUCAUCAGCAAUGAAGCGAGGAAGGGUCUCAGUGCGGACAGCAGCACACUCACUGUGACCAGAGCUCACAACACCGACAGUGGAAAGUACACGUGUGUGGCCACUAACCCUGCAGGAGAGGAGGACAGGAUAUUCAAUCUAAACGUAUAUGUGCCUCCGGUGAUUGACGGUAACAGUAACAAGGUUGAGGAGCUGACCACAGUUCUGGACAGUUCUGUCAACAUCGAGUGUGUGGCCACGGGCUCCCCCCCCCCACAGCUCAACUGGCUGAGGAACGGCCUCCCCCUGCCGGUGUCGUCCCACAUCCGGCUCCUCUCUGCUGGACAGGUGCUCCGGAUAACACGAACCCAAGUGUCUGAUGGUGGCACCUACACCUGCAUUGCCUCAAACAGAGCAGGAGUGGACAACAGACAGUACAGCCUCCAGGUGUAUGUCCCCCCCGGUCUGGACAGGGCAGGCAGCACCGAAGACGUGACCGUAGUCCGAGGAAAUAUGGCUUCUCUGCUGUGUGUCGCUGACGGGACCCCGACCCCCACCGUGUCCUGGAUCAAAGACGGAGCGACUCUGACUACUGACAACCACCUCACGUUCCUCAACCUGAAAACCACUGUGCAGAUCCUCCAGGCCCAGAUCCGCCACACGGGACGCUACACGUGUGUGGCGAACAACACGGCUGGUCAGGCGAGCCGCCACUUUAACCUGAAAGUGCUGGACCCUCCGCAGAUCAAGGGCUCCGGUGUUCCAUCAGAAGUCUCUGUGGUGGUGAACAACGUGCUGGAGCUCCAGUGUCAGGCCUCAGGGAUCCCUACGCCCUCCCUGACCUGGCUGAAGGACGGCCGCCCGCUCCCACAGACAGACAGUCUGCGCCUCCUGCGGGGGGGAGAAGUUCUCCGUGUGGCCUCAGCACAGUUGGAGGACACCGGCAGAUACAGCUGCUUAGCCAACAGUCCAGCAGGAGAUGAUGACAAGGAGUUCCAGGUUCGAGUGCACGUCCCCCCGAACAUCGCGGGGGAGAGCACGCCCCAGAACACGUCAGUGCUGCAGAACAGACAGGUGACCCUCGAGUGCAAAUCUGAUGCCGUUCCACCUCCGACUCUGACCUGGCUCAAGGAUGGCCAACCCCUGCAGGCCUCUGCCCGAGUGCGUAUCCUGUCCAGUGGCCGCUACUUGCAGAUCAACAUGGCAGAGCUGAGCGACAGAGCUCAGUACACCUGUGUUGCGAGUAACGUCGCUGGCAAGACCACACGGCAGUUUAACCUGGCUGUCAAUGUGGCCCCAACUAUCAAGGACGGCCCCCAGACAGUGUCAGUACACAUCACCAAGCCGGCGGUGCUCGAGUGUAUCGUCAGUGGAGUCCCACCCCCUCGUGUGACCUGGAGGAAACAUGGGGCCAUAUUGUCAGGAAACAACCCCAGGUACACGUUUGUGAAGGAUGGGUCAUUACACAUCCACUCCACUCAGGUGACCGACACAGGCCGCUACCUGUGUAUGGCCACAAAUCCGGCCGGGACGCAACGCAAGAGAGUGGAUCUGCAAGUUUAUGUGCCUCCUUCCAUCGCUUACGGGCGCACCAACGUCACGGUCACAGUCAACGUGCAGACCACCCUGUCCUGUGAGGCCAGUGGCAUCCCCAAACCCACGGUCAGCUGGACUAAGAAUGGUCGAGCCAUGAACACCGACCAGAACCAGAAUAUGUACAGAUUACUCUCAUCCGGCUCCCUGGUUGUUAUUGCGCCCACAGUGGAGGACACCGCAGUGUACGAGUGUGUGGUCUCUAAUGAGGCAGGGGAACACUCCAGAUCCAUCAACCUCACUGUGCAUGUUCCUCCGUCAAUAGCAGAUGAGCCCACUGAACUGACUGUGAUCAGACUAUCCCCAGUGGUCAUCGCCUGCACUGCAUCCGGCGUCCCACAGCCCGAGAUUCACUGGAGCAAAGACGGAAUGAAGCUGAAUAAAGAGGGACGAGGAUACAGCGUCCUGCCCUCAGGUCCAGUAGAGAUCACCUCAGCUGAGCUCAGUCAUGCCGGACGCUACUCGUGCACGGCAAAGAAUGCUGCAGGCUCCACCCAACGCCACGUGCAGCUCACAGUGCUAGAGCUCCCAGUGAUCAAGUCCCACCCACCAACCCUGGAUGUUAUCCUCAAUAACCCUGUGACUCUGCCCUGCUGGGCCACAGGCUCACCCAGGCCAACCAUCAACUGGCAGAAGGAGGGUAUCAACAUACCCACCACAGGUGGAAGAUUCACAGUGCUGCCUAAUGGAAGUCUGCAGAUCUCCAAGGCUUCUGUGUCAGACUCUGGUACUUACAUAUGUGUGGCUCAAAACCCGGCGGGCACAGCACUGGGAAAGACCAAACUCAAAGUACAAGUCCCUCCCAGGAUCAGCUCAGAGACCCAGAAGUACCUGGCACCCGUGGACUCCUCUGUGAUGCUGCAGUGCCAGGCCGACGGCUCCCCUCCUCCCUCUGUCACGUGGCACAAAGACGGACAGCCGCUCAGCCAGUCGGUGCGCCAGCGGGUUCUCAGCUCAGGCUCUCUGCAGAUCGCCUUCAUCCAACCCAGUGACACCGGGCGAUACACGUGCACGGCGGCCAACGCAGCGGGAACUGUCAGCCUGGAGAUGAGCCUCACUGUGCAGAUCCCUCCUUCGAUCCGAGGCGGGGAGCUGGAGGUGGCAGUGGUGGAGAACAGUCAGGCCCAGCUGAUGUGUGUGGCGGACGGGGUUCCUCAGCCCAUCCUGUCCUGGGAGAAGGAUGGCAGCGCCCUCAGUGAAACCACAGGGGAGUACACCAUCCUGCCAUCUGGAGAGCUGGUGAUAGACAUUGCUCAGCCUGAUGACGAAGGCUCGUAUACGUGUGUUGCCACUAAUGCAGUCGGGCAGGACAGUCACACGGUCACCCUGUCGGUUCACACCCACCCUGUCUUCACUGAGCUGCUCGGAGACGUGGCCCUCAACAAGGGAGAGCGCCUCCUUCUGGCCUGUGGGGUCAGUGGCGUCCCAGCACCCAGAAUCACAUGGGUGUUCAACAACAACAUCGUCCCAGUUCACUAUGAUCAGAUGAACGGCCACAGUGAGCUGGUGAUAGAGAGAGUGAGUAAAGACGAUUCUGGCACUUAUACCUGCGUGGCAGAAAACAACGUGGGAACCAUCAAGUCUCUGGGAUUCGUGUACGUUAAAGAGCCUCCGAUCCUCGAUGGGGAUCUCCACUCCAACCGGAUCGAACCUCUGGGCGGCAACGCCAUCCUGAACUGUGAGGUCCGGGGAGACCCCCUGCCGACCAUCCAGUGGAGCAAAGGAGGAAUCAACAUCCAGAUCAACAACCGAAUCCGUCAGAUGGGCAACGGCUCUCUGGCCAUCUAUGGCACAGUGGGUGAAGAUGCCGGCAACUACAUGUGUGUGGCAACAAAUGAUGCUGGCGUCGUGGAAAGAGGUGUCACACUAACCUUGCAGAGUGCACCCACCAUCAUCGUGGAGCCAGUUGAGACGGUGGUGGAUGCCGGCACCACGGUCCUGCUCAAGUGCCAGGCAGAGGGUGAGCCUACGCCCAAGAUAGAGUGGUCCCGGCAGGGGCGGCCGCUGCUGGCCAACGACCGCUUCUCCACCCUGUCUAACGGCUCCCUCAGGAUCAGCAGCGCCCAGAAGGAGGACACGUCGGAAUAUGAAUGUGUGGCCAGAAACCUACUUGGGUCUGUGCUGGUCAGGGUCAUACUCACCGUACGAGUUCAUGGGGGCUUCUCAGAGUGGGCAGACUGGGGUCCUUGCAGUGUUUCCUGUGGUGUCGGGGCUCAGAAGAGACAGAGGCAGUGUAACAACCCCCUACCUGCCAAUGGAGGGCGCCACUGUGCCGGACUGGAGACAGAAACACGCGGUUGUCAGGGAAAACCUUGUCCAGUGGAUGGUAACUGGUCAGACUGGUCACUCUGGGAGGAGUGUUCUCGUACGUGCGGUCAGGGCAACAGAACCCGGGUCCGGACCUGCAGUGACCCUCCAGUUCAGCAUGGGGGGAGGCCGUGUGAGGGGAAGGCAGUGGAGGUCAUCAUGUGCAGCGUCAGACCUUGUCCAGUGUCAGGUAACUGGGGCUCUUGGCUUCCUUGGAGCCCGUGCAGUGAGACCUGUGGUAAGGGCAUGCAGUCCCGGAUCAGACUGUGCAACAACCCUCCUCCUGCCUUCGAGGGGCUGCAGUGUGAGGGCACAGACACCCAGACACAAGUGUGCAAGGAGAGGCCUUGUCCUGUGGAUGGGAAGUUUUCGUCCUGGGUGAGCUGGGGAGCCUGCAGUGUUUCCUGUGGAGGCGGAACCAGACAGAGGACACGCCUCUGUGCCAGCCCCGCCCCUCAGCAUGGCGGCCGGCAGUGCGAGGGCAACGACGUGCAUAUUGACUUCUGCAACAGCGACCCGUGUCCCAUCAGUGGUAACUGGGGUCCUUGGAGUAGCUGGGGCGGCUGUAGUAAGACGUGUAAUGGAGGUCAGAUGAGGCGCUACCGAAUGUGUGACAACCCCAGACCUGCCAAUGGUGGGAGAGCAUGUGCAGGGGCAGACACACAGAUACAGAGAUGCAGCACAGCAAACUGCCCCGUGGAUGGCAACUGGGGUUCCUGGCAGCCGUGGGGAGAAUGCUCGGCUUCCUGUGGAGGUGGAGAGAGAACCCGCGUCCGUCUCUGUAACAGCCCGUCUUCUAGCAACAGCGGGCGCCUGUGUUCGGGCGACUCCUCCCAGCUGUCCAAGUGUAACACGCCGGCCUGCCCGGGCGGGCCCCAGACGGCACGAGGGAGCAUCAGAGGGAACAUCAACGAUAUUGAGUUUGGCAUCGCCAUCCUCAACUCCACCAUCACAGACAGCAAGACCGGGGGCAGAAUCAUCAAGGCCACUAUCUCUAACAUCCCAAGGACUUUAGGUCCUGCAAUGAGGAAGCUCAUCUCCAUCCUGAAUCCCGUUUACUGGACUACGGCACAGGAAGUGGGCGGGGCCGUGAACGGCUACACGCUGACAGGAGGCAUCUUCCGGAGAGAGACACAGGUGGAGUUCGCUACAGGUGAGAUCCUGAGGAUGACCCACAUUUCCAGAGGCCUGGACUCGGAUGGAGCGUUGCUAUUGGACAUCGUAGUGAACGGACACAUCUUACAGUUGCCCUCACAUGCUGACAUCAGCAUCAAGGAUUACACAGAGGACUACAUCCAGACCGGCCCGGGGCAGCUGUACGCUCUGUCCACUCGCAUGUUCAGCAUCGACCGGCAGAGCGUGCCCUACUCCUGGAACCACACAAUCUCCUACGACGUGUCCAAGGGCAAGAUGCCUUACCUGGUGGAGAUGCUGCACGCCACGGCCAUUGACGCUCAAUACCACCCUCUGGAGGAGGUGUUGGAGUACAGCAUCCAAGCGGUCAUCACAAAAGGUGAUCGUAGUAACCAGUGUCCUCAGGGAUUCACUUUGGUGACCGCUGGGCCCUACUGUGCAGAUGAGAAUGAGUGUGAGGUCGGGAACCCCUGUUCGCACACCUGCCACAACGCCAUGGGCAGCUACUACUGCUCCUGUCCCCGAGGCCUCACCAUCUCAGCUGAUGGCAGGAGCUGUCAGGAUAUUGACGAGUGUUCACUGGGCGGUAACGUGUGUCACGACGGAGAGGACUGCGAGAACACCAUUGGUUCCUACCGGUGUGUCAUGCGUUGUGGGCGUGGCUUCAGGAGAACAGCCGACGGUCUCAGUUGCACAGAUGUGAACGAGUGUCAGGAGUCUCACCCGUGUAAUCAGCACUGUCUCAACACCAUCGGCAGUUACCGCUGUGCCUGUGAACCGGGAUUUCAACUCAGGAACCGACGCUGCGUUGAUAUAAACGAGUGCAGACAGAGGGUCUGUCGUUCAGAUCAACAGUGUAAGAACACACGCGGGGGUUACACCUGUAUCGACCUGUGUCCCAGCGGUAUGACCAAAGGUGCCAACGGGACGUGUGUAGACAUCGAUGAGUGCAGGGAUGGAACCCACCAGUGCAGAUACAACCAGAUCUGUGAGAACACCAGAGGCAGUUACCACUGCACGUGUCCACGUGGCUACAGAUCUCAGGGAGUGGGACGGGCCUGUGUCGACAUAAAUGAGUGCGAGCGGCUUCCGCAGCCCUGUGCCCACCAGUGUGUCAACACCCCGGGCAGCUACAAGUGCACCUGCCCGCCGGGGCGCCACCUGCUGGGCGAUGGCAAAUCCUGCGCCGGCCUGGAGCGUCUGCCCAGCUAUGAAAGUUACUCGUACGGCUACCGCACGUCUCAGUCGUCCCCCGAGCGCAGCGCCUACCAGCAGCUGUACCACAACCUGGCCUCUCAGAGCUACCACUCCUACGCGGCCGCCUCAAGGGGGCGCUACAGGAGCCGUAGCCGCAGAGAGACUCGUGCACAAUCCGCACGGCUCGGCGCCCUCGCGUGUCAGCAAGGGUUUGAGUCCAGGGGUGGCCGCUGCUUAGACAUCAAUGAGUGCGAGGUGAGGGACGCCUGUCAACACGAGUGUGUGAACACACCUGGGAGCCACAGGUGUAUCUGUCCUACUGGUUACCGCCUCAUGACCAACGGCAAAACCUGUCAAGAUAUCGACGAGUGCCUGGAGCAGAACAUCCAGUGUGGAGCGAACCGAAUGUGCUUCAACAUGAGAGGAAGUUACCAGUGCAUCGACACGCCCUGUCCGCCCAACUACCAGAGGGAUCAGGCCACCGGGUUCUGUCUGAAGAACUGUCCCCCCAACGACCUGGAGUGCACGCUGAGCCCGUACGCGCUGGAGUACAAGCUGCUGUCCCUUCCCUUCGGCAUCGCGGCCAAUCAGGACCUCAUCCGGCUCGUGGCCUACACCCAGGACGGCGUGAUGCACCGCCGGACCACCUUCAUCGUGGUGGACGAGGACGCCUCGCUGCCCUUCGCCCUGCGGGACGAGAACCUGAAGGGGGUUCUGUUCACCACGCGGGCGCUGCGGGAGCCCCACACGUACCGCAUGAAGGUCCGAGCCCUCUCCUACAGCGAAGACGGAGGCAUCGAGUACCAGACGACCUUCAUCGUCUACAUCGCCGUCUCUGCCUACCCCUACUGAGAGCACUUUAAAACCACGCGACACUGAGGCGUGGUGUGAGCGUGUGAGUGGGUGUGGUCGUGGACAAGAAGCUGCAUCAUUGAACAGACUGCAAAGAGACUCAUUGUGAGCAGCACACAGCUCUGAAGACACGAGGAGGUAGAGAGAGGAACCAGCAGCAGGGUGAAGCUCCGUUAACCUCACUUCAGUCUUUUAGAACUGUUCUUCAAAUAAUUCAUAUUUUACCCCCUCCUGAUUUAUUUAUAACACAAACAAGAUUUUGUUUUGCUCCAGGAAGCCAAACCGUCCACGCCGGGCUCAGAGAGAAAGCCUCGGCCACGAUUAGGAAAUCUGUGCUCGUCUCUUAUUUACAUCUACCUAGUAACUUAUUGGGAAAGUGCUUGAACAGGAAACAGUUCCCUUGUUUGUUUAUGCAGUGACGGCCGUUGCUCAUCGUGAAGACGGAGAACUCGAGCGUCACGUGUUCUACAGCCUCAGGUAGCGACCCCUCGUACACCCAGUGCAUCAGUUAGAACCCCCCCCCCCCCCAUCAAUCAGUACACUGAUUAUUACAUCACGAGUCACGCUCCAUCCAGUAGAUACCAAGAUGUAUUUUAUUUUUAUGACUUGUACAUACGUUUUGUUUUUCUCAUAAUGUAUUGCCAUACUGUACUUAAUCUAUCCAUUUUUUUUAUAAAAAAUGUAAUAAAUGAAUAUACA